AUUUGAUAAGCGUGAUAUCUUAUCUUCCACUUUAGUUUUGUUUUUUGGGCUUGUCGUGUGAGUUUUUGUUGUUUUGACGAGGAAGGGGAGGUUUAGAUUAUCGCAUCUUUUGAUCUUUUUGUUGGAGUAGAUCCUUUGGUGGGGGACGUUAAAGGAAAACGAAGGAUUCUUCUAGAGUGUGUUUUGGCGAACGCACUAGGUCGAUACCCCCCCUCCCACCCACCAACAAGAAUGAGUUCCAACACAUUGUCACCGAGACAAGCGCCGGCUACGGCCGACGGGGCGGCCAACGUCUUUGUCAUGCUAUGCUCAGCCUUGGUGCUUAUCAUGAUUCCUGGGUUGGGUUACUUUUACUCUGGCUUGAGUCAUCACAAGAAUGCUCUCGUCUUUUUGCACCUUUGCAUGCUGUCGCUGGCGAUCGUCUCGAUCCAAUGGUUCCUAUGGGGCUUCUCCAUCUCCUUUUCACCUUCCGGCGGACCGUUCAUUGGCAAUGGCCACUAUGCCGGUUUGAAGAAUGGCGGCGAAGAGCUUUACCCCGGCACAGUCUUGUCGACUGAUGUGUUUGCCAUGUUCCAAGCCAUGUUUGCUGCACUUACGGCGGCAUUGCCCUUUGGUUCGGCUGCAGAUCGUACAAGAAUAUUGCCGAGUAUGCUGUUCAUUCUCAUAUGGACAACUGUCGUCUACGAUUUUGUGGCAUACUGGGUCUGGGCACCAAACGGAUGGCUUCGAGCCCGGGGAUACCUAGACUUUGCUGGAGGAUGUCCAGUUGAAGUCGUAUCUGGGUUUGCUGGUCUCGCCUUUGCUAUUUAUAUGGGACCACGACGAACGAGGAUCGCCGAUGAGAAACCCCACAAUGUUGGAUAUGUCAUCCUCGGGACCGCAUUGUUGUGGUUUGGCUGGCUUGGGUUCAACGGGGGAAGUGCGCUUACAGCCACCAGGCGCGCAGGAAUGGCGAUCCUAGUCACCAACCUAGCGGCUUCCGCAGCAGGUCUGGUGUGGAUGUUUUGGGACUACCUAUACAAUGGCCAUAAAUAUUCAGCGGUCGGUUUCUGUGUCGGAGCCGUAGCUGGUCUUGUGGCGAUCACACCAGCAGCUGGGUUUGUUGAGCCAUGGGCCGGCGUGGUCAUUGGAGUGAUUGCCGGAACUGUAUGUCGGUUUGUCGCCGAUAUAACCAAAGGGAAAAUUGAUGACACACUGGACGUGUUUGCGGUUCACGGCGUUGGCGGCGUGAUUGGCAAUCUCCUUACGGCCAUUUUUGCCGAACGGUCCAUUAUUGAGCUGGACACUCAGGGGAUUAAUGGUGGAUGGAUGAAUGGCAACUUUAAGCAACUUUGGAUUCACCUAUAUGCGACCAUCACAGUUGCCGCGUGGUCAUUCUGUCUCACAUAUAUUGUUUUCUACCUCUUGGACAAGACGCCUGGACUUCACUUGCGCGUAAAGGAGCGUCACGAGAGUUUGGGACUGGAUUUGGCCCAGAUUGGAGAAUAUGCAUACAACUACCAUCGACCGGAAACCGUUCCUCCCAUUGCCGGUUUCGGACACGGUUCCCAAGAAGCGCAAGACCAUGUUGACAAAAGGACACAUGGCAACGGCAAUGGUGUUCCGCAGCAAUUCCCAUUAGCGCAAAUGUCUGAAAUUCGGGUCGCACUGCCCGAUAGUUCGACAACGGCGCUGAAUGCCGCCAAUGCGUCAGAUCUCGCCAUUGAAAUCGUACCAGCCAAUGGUAUUCACGGACGACCCACUUCUCCUCGUCGAACGGAAUCGAUUGCGUAAAUAGAAAGAGUGACUAAAGGCAGUGUGUAUGGAAGAUUUUUAGGGAAAGUUGUUUGGUUCCCACUAUUGUACAUAGCGGAUCGGACAUAAUUCCUCGCAUAGGAUUCUUAUUAUAUUUUAUAGGCUAGGAGGGAAUGAAAAAUACAAUUAACAUGUUCAAGCA